AUGACCUUCUUUCGAACCAUCAUGGACUUCCCCGUAUUGAUGAUAUUCACUGGACAAGAGCUUACCCUGCUGCCCUCCUCCAGGCUUACCCCGCUGCCCUCCUCCAGGCUUACCCCGCUGCCCUCCUCCAGGCUUACCCCACUGCCCUCCUCCAGGCUUACCCCGCUGCCCUCCUCCCUCCGGGCUUACCCCGCCGCCCUCCUCCGGGCUUACCCCGCUGCCCUCCUCCGGGCUUACCCCGCUGCCCUCCUCCAGGCUUACCCCGCUGCCCUCCUCCAGGCUUACCCCACUGCCCUCCUCCAGGCUGACCCCGCUGCCCUCCUCCCUCCGGGCUUACCCCGCUGCCCUCCUCCAGGCUUACCCCGCUGCCCUCCUCCAGGCUUACCCCACUGCCCUCCUCCGGGCUUACCCCCCUGCCCUCCUCCCUCCGGGCUUACCCCGCUGCCCUCCUCCGGGCUGACCCCGCUGCCCUCCUCCCUCCGGGCUGACCCCGCUGCCCUCCUCCCUCCGGGCUUACCCCGCUGCCCUCCUCCCUCCGGGCUGACCCCGCUGCCCUCCUCCCUCCGGGCUGACCCCGCUGCCCUCCUCCCCUCCGGGCUUACCCCGCCGCCCUCCUCCAGGCUUACCCUGCUGCCCUCCUCCAGGCUUACCCCGCUGCCCUCCUCCAGGCUUACCCCACUGCCCUCCUCCAGGCUGACCCCGCUGCCCUCCUCCCUCCGGGCUUACCCCGCUGCCCUCCUCCAGGCUUACCCCGCUGCCCUCCUCCAGGCUUACCCCACUGCCCUCCUCCGGGCUUACCCCCUGCCCUCCUCCCUCCGGGCUUACCCCGCUGCCCUCCUCCGGGCUGACCCCGCUGCCCUCCUCCCUCCGGGCUUACCCCGCUGCCCUCCUCCAGGCUUACCCCGCUGCCCUCCUCCAGGCUUACCCCACUGCCCUCCUCCAGGCUUACCCCCCUGCCCUCCUCCCUCCGGGCUUACCCCCUGCCCUCCUCCAGGCUUACCCCGCUGCCCUCCUCCAGGCUUACCCCGCUGCCCUCCUCCAGGCUUACCCCGCUGCCCUCCUCCAGGCUUACCCCGCUGCCCUCCUCCAGGCUUACCCCGCUGCCCUCCUCCAGGCUUACCCCACUGCCCUCCUCCAGGCUUACCCCGCUGCCCUCCUCCCUCCGGGCUUACCCCGCCGCCCUCCUCCGGGCUUACCCCGCUGCCCUCCUCCAGGCUUACCCCGCUGCCCUCCUCCAGGCUUACCCCACUGCCCUCCUCCAGGCUUACCCCCCUGCCCUCCUCCCUCCGGGCUUACCCCCCUGCCCUCCUCCAGGCUUACCCCGCUGCCCUCCUCCAGGCUUACCCCGCUGCCCUCCUCCCUCCGGGCUUACCCCGUCGUACCACUGGAGAGAACCCAGAUUAUCAUCUAUUGUGUUGA